AUGCCGAGUAUUUUUGGGAAAUCCGGCUCCACCGCCGGCCGUGCCAAGACCCGGCACAAGUCAAUCCGGGGCACCAUCUCGGCUCCGAUCCCGAUACCCACGAGUCCGGAUGAAGACGAGUUCCCGAUCCGGAAUCCGGGGUCGGCCAAGGCGUCGAUAAAAACAGAUGACGAGUUCCCAAUUCGCCAGUCGGGGACUGGGGUUGCGGCCCCUCUGCCAACCACCGACGGUCCCGAGUCAUCACCAGAAGAGCCCGUCGAGGGUUCAGAGGCACCUGAGCUUGGAGACCAGCAGGAUCAGCAGCCCCGCGAGCUCGAAUCUAGCCCCGAUAGCGGGACCGGACCUGGAGGCGACCAGGAGAAACCACAGGCUCUUUCACCAAUCCCCGAACCGCCUUCAGUCAGUGGCGGCUCAGGGGGCAGUCGCACGGACUUAGCACAGGAUGUCAUUCCGGAGCCGCCGUCCACCCCGCCACCAGCGCCGCCGAGCGGCCCCAACACGCCCGCCGGGCGCCCGGAAUCACGCCCCGCUUCACGCCCGGCCUCGCGAUCACCCCCUAACCGGGUCUCACCCCAAAAGACCUCCCCGCCAGCCGCCUCGUCCUCGCCGUCUUCACCACCCGCAAGGAGAGCCACAAACCCUGUACUCAGUACUGUCAGAUAUUCCAUGAUCAGCGAUGCCCCCAGCAAGCAGACCACUCAGAGCAAAGAUUCUCCGCACCGGAAGAAGUCCACUUUGCGGUCCGCGUUGGGAAGGUUGUUCGGCCGGGGCAAAAAGAAAGCCCCCAAUGGAAACCAGGAUGCUCCUAGGGAGUCUAGACGUGAAUCCAGGCCCCUAGGAUCCGUACAGCAUCGAAGCGACCCCACGGCGCUUAGCCGAUCAAACCAGAGGUCCCCGAAGCGGUCGGCCUCGCUCCCCAUGAGCGAGUUUGACCGACCACUCCGGUCCCAUUCCGUUGGUCCCGACGACAUCAUGGCCAUCGAGAGUGCGCGCAACUCUCUGCAGGGUGACCCGGCUUCGUCGAGCGCUGCAAUCCGCAAGCGGGCUGCGACCAUGGGUGGCCACGCCUUGCUGAGGCCUCAUCUAUUCAACCGAGAAUGGGGGGCCGGCCUAUCACCACGCCCGGCCAGUGCCCAAGGCCGCGCCAGCCGGGCUGGCGGCCGGGCGGACCCCGAUGAUCCCACCGAGAUUGGCCGCGCCAUUACGAGCGAUAGUGGCGGUGGUCUUCGGCGGCGGUCCCGGAGCCUUUCCGGCUUGCAGGGUCUUGCCGGACUUCAGCGCGCUGGCCGCCGGCGGAGUGAUGAGAUACGCUAUUGGCGCGAGUCGUAUAACCCGGGAUUCAUGUCGCCCUUGUCAUCGAAUGCGCAUGACGAUGUCGACGACACCGGCAUGGUAGACAUCAGCGCUCCCGAAAGCCCCGCGGUCGAGAGACCUCCCAGGACCCCUCCCCAGCCGUUCAACUUCGGCCUUCUGUCCAAGGAGAUGCUUGGGAUGAAGAUCACGCACGCAGCGGACAUGGAUAUGCGUCUGGGGGGCCUCGAGUCUCGCACGCUACAUCUGGAGCGCGCGGUCGACAAGUUAUGCCACACAGUCCCGGGCGUUAAGCGAGUGGUUGACCGCAAGGACAUGGUCCGCCCCAGCAGCUCUCGUCGAUCGCUCGAGACCGACACACAAUCCCAAGUCUCCCUCGGCGAUUACCAAACUUAUACAUCGUCCCUCCAGCCACCCCCGUACCCGGCAUCCAAGGCCAAGGCUGCAACAGCCAACCCCCCGAACCGCCCUAUAUCGACCUCCACUGUCCGCGGCGCCGCAAGCCUCCCCACGCUCGGCCGCGAGCCCGGCCACGACCCUCUCCGGGACGAAGUCAUCGCCAAACUCCGCACCGACCUCGACGCCGAGCGAGCCGCCCGCCAGGCGCUCGAGGCCCAGGUCAAGAAGCUGUCGGAGCGCCUCAACACGCUGUCCACCACCAUGUUCGCCAUGGUGCGCGGGCCGUCCGAGUCGCGGUCGCAGGAGCGCCUGACGCUGACACCGGCUCCGUCGACGUCGGCGGGUCCCGGCGGCAGCGGGUCAGCACUGUCGCUGCCGCUGACGCCUAAGAUGGCCACCUCGCUGCUCGCCCCGCCGCCCCCGCUGAUCCCGCGGGAACAGCUCUCGGUAUUUGAGACGGACGACGAUGACGACGAUGGCGACGCGCCCGAGGCGCGGGCUGCUACUGCUAAAAAGCAGACCAAGCGGGCGGAUCUGGACGAGGGCGAGGUCACGGAGGACGAUUUCCAGACGCCGAGGGAGGGACAGACGCCGAUGGUGGGAUAUGGCGCCUUUGGUGAGGAGCUCAGGCCCGAGGACGACGAUGAGGGUGGAGAUGAGGACGCCCGGAAGAGGAGGAAGGCGGCGAGGACGCUGAGCUUGAGUCAGCUUACGCUGGGGAAGGGCAAGCGGACGAGGGUAUGA